AUGGAAGGACCGCCAACAAUACAUCAAGCUAUGGUGGAAGCCCAACAUCACCCGCGGGUUCGUUUGGCUGGACCAAAAACUCUACCACAACAUGACGUGGCCAGACACGGUCCCACCCUACAAAGUCUCCGAAGACACGUCACGGUUCAAACACUCCUGCGUGUACGAUUCGCGGUCCGCGGUUCGUAUAGCGAGAAUCGUAAAAGAGAGCUUGUGAGGUGGUUCGUUAUUGGAGAUGAUGAUACGGUGUUUUGCACUCACAACUUAGUUACGGUGUUAGCGAAAUACGAUCACAAUCAAAUGUACUAUAUUGGCGGGACCUCGGAGAGUGUGGAUCAAGUUGUGAUACACUUGUACAGUAUGGCCUACGGUGGAGGUGGGUUUGCUGUAAGCUACCCAUUGGCGGCUGAGCUUGUCAAGAUUUUAGAUUGGGUGCAUCGAUCGGUCGGAUCAAUUAUACGGCUCAGAUUAAAGAAUCCAGGCUUGUUUGUUUGGGUGAGAUUGGAGUGCCCUUGA